UUACGACACAACAUGGAGAACCUGUAUCACGAGACUUGGGGAAGUCAGGCUCCUGUUUUCAAAGAUUUCAGUGUCCGAGUUCCACAGCCGCGAUAUCGCCUCCCGCUGGGAUACAAAAUGAGCCUUCUGAGAAGUGAGAUCAAAGGUCUCUCUCAGGGAUCUUUCGCAACUCAGAUGGUAGAGCAGGCUUUUAAAAAGCUGGAGCUUGGAUCGCCACUUCCCUCUGGCCACCGUCAACUUCUUGUUAGAGAAGAGUAUCGCCGGACUGAAUUGCUGCUACAGGAAGCUGAGCAAAUGAAGUGGUCUCCGGUCACUGGGACACGAGAUUUUUAUGGAGGACUAGAUUUCGCAGUUUCUGGUCAGCCAGGUUCAGGUACUUAUUAUUUAAUGGAUUCCUCUCUGGGUAGUUGCUCUGACAUAUGGAUAGGGAAGUCCUUUUUCCUUUGGUACCUUCUUGUGCGUAGGCUUCUCAUGUGCCAACCCACCGUAUAUCGUCUCAGUGAUCAAACAUGUUAUUAGUGUUCGCAAGCGGCUAGUCCGGCUUUACCGGCCUAUCUGACCGGGCACUGCCGGACUGUAGAUACCCGCAGGCUUUCAGAUAUCCACAAGCAUGUCGAGAUAUCUUUCUGGCAUCUUCAGAUAUCUUCGGGCAUCUCCAGAUAUCAGCAGGCAUCUUCUGAUUCAGCUGUGCACAGACGAAGUAUUUACUGAUCAGGUGGCAUAUGCCGGGAGCCUGCCGGUGCCCCCAGGCAUCCAUGUUACCUGCAGGCUUCACAAAAGCCUGGCCUACGAAGCCCAGGUCAGUUUCACUUUGACCUGGCCGGGCCGGACUGUGGAUCUGCAGGGUAUCUGCAGGUCUGUCUGGCCGCCUGCGAACGCUGCAUGUUAUUUGUUUGAUCACGAUUCCGAGGGGAGGCAAGUGGAUGUUGGUUUUUUGUUUCGCCUUCCAGAGGAAAGGAAACGCCUACUCUGGAUUCUGACAGAUGAGGCUCUUACCAAUCCGCCAUGGAAUUUGGGCAUACACAGUUGGUUUGUUGUCCUGGCAGCUGCUCCAGUACUGGUGAACACUUCGGAGCAGUGGGCAAACUAUAGGAAUAUUAGCAUCCAGUAUAUGAGCAACUGGACAUGGGGUGAAAUUGUUGCUGCUUUCAGGUGGUUAUCCUUCCUUCAUUUCUGGGAGAAGAUAUCGGCUAACUAUAGUCCUGAGAGGAUAGUCUGAGGCUUGCCGGACCCCCUACUUCCGAGGAAAUGGAACGGCUCUUCAGUACCUUCGCCUGCCUAUGCCCCGUUGCGAGGACGUGCUUGGAUUCAGUUCCUGCUACAAACGAUGUAGGAUAUGAUCUUGCGCUUAAAAGUUAUCUCAAGCAGCUGGAUUUGGAAAUACGGGCCUUCACUAUGCAUCGCGCGUAUCUCGAUGUAGGAAAGCGUGUAUAUCGCGAGUCUACCCAUAGGAUUGCAAUUAUUGAUCCUACCACGGAAGCUCUGUCGUACACCACUCGAAUCGCAACGAGGUAGAUUGCGCACCAAGUGUUGGAAACGGUGCGAAGGCAGUCGCAGCGGGCUUGUUACCUACUCUACCACUCUCUUUCCUGUCAACCGGAGUUUCUCCAUGUGGCAGGCUGGUUUUUCGAGGGCCAAGCUCAUGACUGUUUCCAACAAGGUGGAACCCUUGCGGCUAAGGAACUUACGGAGGGGUGUCACUCCAGGCCCUUUGUAUCCGUGACAGAGAGGUUCAAAUCUGCUUCGUGGAAUUAUUUCACCAAUGCCACGGACUUAGCUGAGCAGGUUCAGGUAGAGGGCGGCGCGGGUAUUUCGCCAGGUGCAAUAGGAAAAUAUUUUCUACCUCAUAGAUAUAACCCGGGGGCUGAUGGACUGGUAUUCAGCCAGGUGGAUACACUAAUUAUGUUGCGAAUUACGUGUGGCACUGAUUACCAAAUCGAGUCGUCAGAGGUGAGGGGCCUUCUCGAAUCAUUGCCGGAAACCAUCACAAACGUACACCUCGUCUUUGUUAUUCCGCAAGGGUUUCUCCCCGACUAUUCGAACCCCCCAAAAGUACACGGUACUGUUAGCGUUAGGCAACAAGGAAAGAAGCUCAUGAUCAGGCAGUUUCAUCUUGUGUUGUCGAAUGAGGUCAUGCAACAAGCGGGCGUAGGUGGG